AUGGAAGACGAUGAGAUAAGAAUGGAUAAUAUUGACAAUUUAACAGAAGAAUAGUUAAAGAUACUUGAAUAAAGAUAUAAAGAGUAAUACUUACCUAAUUAUCGUUUGUAUUUACUUGUCCCAUUCAAUAUAAUUACUGCAGGAUUCACUAUGUAUUAUACAAUACAUUUCAAACAUUAUUCAAAAAAGUUAUUUUCACCUAAGAAAUUUGGUUUUAGAGAAGUGAUUAAAUAUGGUACAAUUCAAUCAAUUGUUUUUACAUCAUUUUACAUUAUGGGGACUGCAGCAAUAACAGGACUCUAUAACCCUAUUGAAUAUAUGAGAGGUCUGGCUAAAAUUAAAGGGAAACAAAUUGAUACAGCCUUGAAGUUUGAUCCAAAUUUCCAGAAGCAUUUUCUCUUUAACUUAUUAGAUUAUUUUGGAGUGAGCGAUAAAGUUGUAAAUGAUGUGAACAUUUUUAGAGAUGAAUUAUUAACCUAAAAGAAUUAAUUAGAAUCUAAGAAUUACUUUAGUAAGGAAACAUCAAAACUAUUGAAUUAAGAUCUUGAUACAAAAUGA